AUGAUUUCUGAUGCAAAUUCUAUUUUCUUGUUCAUUAGCCUUCCGAGCAUACCGUUCUACAUCAUACUCAUAUCGCGUAUGUUUCAAAAUGGAUUUCGCGACUUCCAAAGCACCUUCUAUUCAGCUGUUCUGGGAUUGAUGAUUGUCAACUUAUCGUCAAUCUGUUUAAGCAUUAUCUCGUUGAGCUUUACUGAAUUUCAAUUUAUGAAAUCAUUUUUCUGGGAUAGCCGAAGAUCAUACCUUUCUGUACUUUGCUAUGCUCAACUAUUCUUCUUCUUAUUCGCAAGUUGUUUUAGUCAAAUGAUUUUCGCAUUUGAAAGGUUCGCUAACCACUUUCUCAAAUCUACAGCCUUCUUCAAAGUGAUUGCGUCAUCUUUCACAAGCAUACAAUCCAUGGCUUCUUGGAUCUCGGCAUUGGUGGUAGCUUGGCAUAUAUUCAUUCAAUCUGAUAUAUCCUUUGUGGAUGGGCAGAGCCUUCAUUUCAAUGUUCCAUCAACAGAGUUCAAUUAUUAUAUGACAUUGUAUGUGCUAUCAACAGCCAAUGUUAUAAUAUUAGUCUUUGAUAUCAUGAUCAUUACUUCUCAUAUGAUAUCUCAGCAGCCGAAAACACAAAAACUUCAAGAUUUCAUUCAAAUUGCGUCAUCAACUCCUCUCAUGAUGUUGUUAGCAUAUCUCUGCUAUCACGGAUAUCAUACUCAUAUAACGCAAGAGAUCUUUGCCAUCGACAGUUUAUUCUACGUAUUCUGUGGAAUUAAUACAUCACUCAUGGCACCCGUUCUGUUGCUCGAUAGCCGUAUCCGUCAAUGUUUAUUAAAAUCCGAAGAAAGUUAA